AUGGAAUCACGUACAAUUGAGCAGUUCCAAGGCAAGACUAUUUUGAUUACCGGUGCUACCGGUUUCCUUUCAAAGCUUCUUGUGGAGAAGAUACUUCGUAUUCAACCAAAUGUGAAGAAACUCUACCUUCUCAUUAGAGCUUCUGACUACAACUCUGCCAGAAAACGCUUCACUAAUGAGGUCAUGAUAUCUGAAUUAUUCAGUAUUAUAAGGGAAAAAAUGGGUAGUGUGUACUUUUGCUCUCUCGUGGAGGAGAAAGUGUUUGCAAUUUCAGGUGAUAUUUCACAAGAAGAUAUGGGAAUUAUAAAUUCUCAAUUGAGAAACGAGAUGUACAAUGAAAUUGAUAUAAUCAUAAACUCAGCUUCAACCUUUGAUGAAAGAUAUGAUAUUGCAAUGAAUGUCAAUGUGGUGGGUGCCAUGAAUGUCCUCAAGUUUGCAAAGAAUUGUACAAAAGUGAAAAUGCUUCUUCAUGUAUCUACCGCUUAUGUUUGCAGCAAAACAACAGAAAUUGUACGUGAAAAACCAUUAGUUAUGGGUGAAACAUUUAACGAAAACUCUUAUUUGGAUAUGGAUGUGGAAAGAAGAGUGAUAUCAAACAAAUUAAAGGAACUUGAAACUCAAAAUAAAACACCAAAGGAAGUGACAACAACGAUGAAAGAACUUGGCAUUCAAAGGGCAAAGUUACAUGGAUGGCUAUACACAUAUAGCUUCACAAAAGCAAUGGGAGAGAUGAUUUUGGGACACUUGAAGGAGAAUUUACAGCUUGUUUUCAUACGUCCAACAAUUAUAACUAGUACCUAUAAAGAACCAUUUCCAGGAUGGAUUGAAGGUGUAAGAACAUUGGAUGCAUUUAUUUUGGCUUAUGGAAAAGGUGUUUUGAAUUUCUUCUAUGGUAAUCCUAACUCAAAACUUGAUACGAUUCCAGGUGAUCUGGUGGUGAACGCAAUUUUUGCAGCGAUUUUAGCACAUGAAAAUAAUCAAUGUUCUCAACAAGUGCUUAUUUAUCACAUCAGCUCUUCUUCAAGAGGCCCUCCAAGAAAUUCAGAUAUAAAACAUUUCAUGUUUCACUACUUCACAAAGAAUCCAUGGAUUAACAAAGAUGGGAAAACUAUCAAAGUGACAAAGCCUAUAUUAUUUAGCAAUAUAUCAAGCUUUCGAAGACACAUUUCAAUUCAUUAUUCCCUGCUGUUAAAGAUGCUAAAGUUUGUGAACCUAGUGUCAUUUCAUCGAUUUGACAAAACAUAUGAAAAUAUGAAAAUGAAGAUGUGUAAGGCUAUACGUCUAUCUGAAUUAUACGAACCCUACAUGUUUUUUUAUGAAAGCUUCGAUGAUGUUAAUACUGAAAAAUUAAGAAUGACAGUGAAGGAAAUCAACUUGGAUGAAGUGCUUAAUUUUGAUCCACGAUGCAUUAAUUGGGAGGAUUACUUUAUGAAUACUCACAUUCCUGGAUCUGUGAGAUAUCUGUUUUAGGGAUUAUAUAUAAGCUUUUUCUAUAUGUAUGCUUAAUUAUAAGAUUUACUUUAGCGCUUUGAUAAUUAAGAAGGUUGUUUAAUUUAUGUGUACUCGUCAUAUAUUUUCA